AUGACGAGUCUUGUCGCGACACCCGACGCGACAAUGGCCUCUGAACGAGUCGCCCAUAUUUCAGAGGCUCAGAAACAAGCUCUGAUGGACAAUCUACAGCUUGAGGUCGCCGACCGUGCUCGCAAACUACGCGCCCAAUAUACUCUCCAAGCUCAAGGUCUACGCACUCGUUUGGAGAUGCGCAUCAACCGCAUUCCUCGCCAUCUUCGUAAAGCCAACAUGGGCGACUUGCUGGAAAAACACCUUGACGCCCAGAAGAAGACUCAGCAGCGUCUGCCCAGUCCCAUCAAGACAAAAAGCUUGAAGCGCAAGAGCGAGGAAGCUAGUAUGGCCAACAAGGAGAAUACUCAACCAGCAUCUGCAGCUCUUGCGAACCCAAAGAAGCGCAGUAAACCAAGUCCUGGCCCUACUGGAAUUCCCACAUCUCCCAAUUUGGCGCGCUCUGUACGACCUCAGCCUCUCAAUACCGCCAUUCUCUCUCCCAAGUCUCCCAAUUCACGCACUCUCCCGCGCUCUCCUUUAAAAUCUCCCACAACAAAGUCACCACCACCGCUUCCUAGGCCACGCGGUGCUGCGCCUCUCCAAGGAAUCCAAUCAACAAAGAAGGGCACGAUUAAGAGACCUGCCACUGCGCCUACAUCUACCACUCUCGAUGCAAUCACAUCUGCCGCGCAGCCGAACACCUCCACCCGUCGUGCCCUCCGCGCCAGCAAUGCUUCAGCAGAAAGCACCAGUAGCGAAAAGACCACAAUAGUCCACAAGUCACCCGCGAAACCGAACCCUCCAAGUCGCCCACAUACUGCCAUGGCUCUGGCCUCGCCCUCUAAGAAGCUGCCUGUGCCUAGUUCGCCUACCAAAUACAACUCUAUCAGGGAGAAGCCAUUGCCAGUACCCUCGGUAGCACCUACUCCUGUCGCAGGUACAACCAAGAAGGGUACAUUCAAGAGUGCAAUGGCCUCACUCACAGGGAGCAAGAGGGGAAAGAAGACUACGGCUGCUGCUACCUUUGGUACCAACGCGACACCUCCACCUGCUGGUAGAGUGUUGAGAAAGCGUGCGCCAUGA